CAGGAUAAUUACUAGAAUACAAGUUCUAAAAAAAAAUCAAGUAUGAAUUUGGUUAUAAAGGUCAUAUCAGAUUAGACAAAAUGUUUAUUUGUAAGAAAAAGGUAAUUGAUGAACAGGGAUAGUCAUUAUUUGGACCAUAUUCUUAGUACGAUUUUAUGAAUAAAAACAUUUUUUAACCUAUAAACUUCCGGUUCCGGUGCAGAAUUGUAAACAACGAUCACAGAAAAUUCUGUGACAACUAUUAUUGAGUGAAGAUGUCGGACGACUACGACACAGUACAACGAGGAGGUUUAAAACUAAAAGGGGUCUCUGAUACAAGUGGAAAAAAGAAAAAGAAGAAGCACAAGGAUAAGAAGAAACUGCAGGACACUGUUUCAAAGACCAGUGCAGAAGAGGUGGAAGAGGUUGUUCAAAUGAAAUCUUCAAAAUCGUCAAAAACAAAAGCUGAGCUGGCUUUUGAGAGAAGGAAGCGGAAAAAGGAACAGGAACAGAUCUUGGAAAGAGCCUCCAAAAGUCACAAGGAGAGAAUCAUGGAUUUCAACCAGCAGCUUGACAACCUCACUGAACAUUUUGACAUCCCCAAAGUGAGCUGGACUAAAUAAGACUUUGGACUCGUCAGUUCUUCACCACAUGAUAGAUGUACAUGUACUACCCCAUUCUCAGUGGUCAUCAAUCUGUUUGCUUUUUUUUAUGCUCCCAUUUUUAGAGUCAUGCUCACUCAUGUUUCCUUUUUAAGUGUAAUAAAUGCCUCUAUGGAGUGCCACAUUUU